UCAGUUCGGGGAAAGUCUAUAAUUUUGGACAUCACUAUUUUUUUUCACUGUUUUUUAAAAAUACAGUACGUGUUUAAACCAAUCUUUACAAAGCAACUGCAGUCUCAACUGCAAAAGGCAAGGCAAUAUUCAGAAUGAUAGACAGGUAAAGAGACGAAUAGCAGACGAAUAGCAAGAGAUAAUAAAUAAAUAUGGCUAAAUAGAGAAAAUGAAUAAAUUUCACUGAGGUCAAAACCCUUAAAUGUUUACAGCAAUGCUGGUCAAUGCCAAACUAGAACCAAAGAACCAAACUAGAACCUUUUGCUGAAGGGUGAGGGAGGUUGUGUGCCGUCUGGAGCAAGUUUUCUUUUAGGACCUUUGUAUUUGACUCCAUUCCUUGUUUCACUCAAUUCUGAUGAGUCUUCCAUCCCUGCUACUGAGAAGUACCCUCAUAUCAUGAUGCUGCUGCCACCAUGCUUCACAGUUAUCUUCUAUGAGGACAAGAACUUCAUGGGGCGCUCCUAUGAGUGCACCAGUGAUUGUUCUGAUAUGCACUCUUACAUGAGCCGCUGCCACUCCUGCAGGGUGGAGAGCGGCUGCUGGAUGGUCUACGACCACCCCAACUUCAUGGGAAAUCAGUAUUUCAUGAGGAGGGGCGAGUACGCUGACUACAUGAGCAUGUGGGGCUGGGGCAACAACUGCAUCAGGUCCUGCCGCAUGAUCCCCAUGUACAGAGGAUCCUACAGAAUGAGGAUCUAUGAGAGGGACAACUUCAUGGGUCAGAUGUAUGAGAUGUCGGAUGACUGCGAUUCCUUCAUGGAUCGUUACCACUGGUCCAACGGCUGCAUGUCCUGCCAUGUGAUGGACGGCCACUGGCUCAUGUAUGAGCAUCCCCACUACAGAGGCAGGAUGUGGUACUUCAGGCCUGGAGAGUACAGGAACUUCAGGGACUACGGUGGCAUGAGGUUCAUGAGCAUGAGGCGCAUCAUGGACUCCUGGUAUUAAAAUGAAUGUAAUCUAAUGUGAUAAUGUGAUCAAAAGCACAUUUUGAAUAAAAGUUGGCAAAUCAGUUGCUGUUUUUUUUUUUUCUUUUUCUAAUUCAAAUAUUACAUUAUAAUAUUAUGGCAGUGGUUCCCAACGUGAAACAGUAUCUACACUUAUUAUAAACAAAUAAUGAUCUUGAUAUUGUCUAUUUCAGGGAAGAUCUUUACAGGUUCUAAGUAGAACUCAAAAACAGUGUGAAUUAUGGUAUCAUAACUUAACUUAAAUCCAAAAUAUGGAAUCAUUUGUGGCUUACAUUUUGGAUUAAAAUAACUGCUGAGGCUAAAACCAGACAUUUGAACAGAAAACAGCUUGAAGAGUGAAGAAUCACUCACAUGUGGAAAUGCUUUUUCCUUUUCGAUCCUAUAACAUGCCAUGAUGUAGUCUGCAUGGAAUCUAAGAGAGAAUUGUAGA